AUGAGGAAAACUUUUAAUAUUUCAAAUAUACAACCAAUAAAUGAUAUUUCACGGCCGACAAAAAAAGGCAAAGUCGUUCGCUUCAAACGUAAAAAUUGCCUAGAGAACUGUCUAGAGGAGUUGGGAGAGUAUGGCAAGGAAACGAAUGUGCACGGAUUGAAGCGCAUGCUCACCUGUAACGCUGGCCGAUGGGAACGUGCUCUAUGGACGCUCGGUUUCAUAUUCGCACUCAGCUUACUUAUUUACUUCACUAAGUUUUUGGCGCAUCGCUUCAAACAUAGCGAAUUCAAAACUACCAUCUACUCCACCCACUACCCCAUUUACAAGGUACCCUUUCCGGAAGUGACGAUUUGCAAUAAAAAUCGUCUAAACUGGGAACGUUUGGAGCAAGUGAAAGAAAAAUUCCUUUGGCCAGCACAUCAUAAUUCCUCAUAUGAGCAGCUCUUCGUUGAAAUAAUCGCCAUGUAUGACAACUUAAGGUUCGGCUACUUUUAUCGUUUCUCGAAUUUGAAAACGAAACCGAUUUAUGAACUCAACUACAUUAAUUUCACCGAGGUGGUGCGGCAUAUGACGUGGCGUUGUGAGGAGUUGCUAACGGAUUGUGUAUGGCGUGAUCGACCAAUGAAUUGCUGUGAUAUAUUCAUACGGCGUCGUUCGACUAACGGACUUUGUAUGGCCUUCAAUUCUGUUGAAUCAGUCGUUGGCAGUUUGAAGCAAAAAAUGGACUCGAAAUGGCCGUGGCGAGUGACUGAGAGUGGGCCGCAUAAGGGUCUACAGGUGCGCGUGUUGUUGAAUGAGAAGAAGCACUCACCCUUCACGAAGGUGCCAAAGGGAAUUUUGUUGAUGACAGUUCAACCUCAAGUGUGGAGUUACACAGCCAUCGAUAUACCCCGCAAUGUGUUUGCGCGUAUUUAUAUCGAUGCUUAUAUGAGUUUCUUUGACUCAGACACCAGACGUUUGUCAUCGAAGAAACGACGUUGCGUUUUUCAGGACGAAGUAGACAGCGCGGACUUCAAAACACUUUCUAAUCAUGUCUAUAUGCUGGAAAAUUGUCGGGCGGAGUGUCAACAGGAGUAUCUCCUGCAUUAUUGUAAUUGUACUGUGGAUCUGUUUUUUCCGGCAGGGUCAUAUCGGAUAUGUAAAUUGGUGGAUCUGCCGUGCCUGGGUCAUCAUAAUCAUCUGCUGCGGUACUUCGAGGAGACAGCGAAGGAUACUUUUACCACUAAUAAUCCGGGACUUGCCUGUAAUUGUUUUUUCAAUUGUCGUUCGUUGCGUUAUUUUGUUAAGGGGCGAACUCGAGCUUUGCAAGCACACGAACAAUGGACUAGCAAUGAUACUGUGUUGUUGGAUAUGAACUUUAUGAAGGACUAUAUUUUUCUUUACAAAACCAAUUUAGUCUACACCUGGGUCGAUUUACUAUUUAAUUUUGGCAACAUCACGGCGCUCUUUCUUGGCUGUUCUCUUAUUAGCCUUGUGGAAUUGAUAUAUUUCUUUCUGGUGAAGGUUCCGCAGCGUAGAUUACGAAAACACAAAAGCAUAGUUAGGAGCAAAGGAGCGAUUUUAUUGCACACCAGACCACCUUUGAGUUCAUACAGAAAAUAAUUGCGAUAAGUUUAAGAGAAUUAAUUAAGUUAUAAUUCUAAUUUGAUGUCGAGCCUCGGUUAUUUUCCAUUUUUAUAUUUAUUUGAAAAGUUUGAUGGAGUAAGAGCCUGAAUCUUAAGUAUGAAUUGAGCCGGCGUUUUAGUUUGCUUUUGAGUUGGAAGUGGAUUUUGAAUUUAAGUUUUAAUUUAGGUUAGUGAUUCGGGGCGAAUUUGAGUAUGAUUUUGAAUAUAAGUUUGAAAAUGAGUUUUGAUUUGAGUUUGAGUUAGUAUCGCAUUUGUAUAAGCUUGAGUUCAAGUUGGCUUUUGAAAUUGA